UGUUAUCAUAAAAAUAAUAAAAUAAUAGACUAAUAAUUUGCGUGUUAAAUAAUUGUAUGAAUUAUAAACCGAUUGAAAUACUAUUUAUUUAUAACAAAAAACUAAAACAUGAAUCCAUUUCUUCACUUCAAACUCAUGAAUGAUAUCUUAUUUGUGAAGUCCAUUCAAUUGCAUACAAAUUCUGAUGUAUUCAUAGCGUGUCUAAUAGCGAUGUUUCUGCCGCUUAUGUCGCAAACAGUUGAGCACUACUUCAAUAAAUACCGAAAGCGCAAGAUUGCAAACAUAUCACCAGAGUCAUUUCGCAUUAACAUCAAUAAAAAUCUAUACAAUGCGACCACAAGUACUGAUGAGAUAAGUGUGGAGAGUAUCGACACGACUCAUAUUAAGGCAUCGGUGCUCGACAUGAGUGUCAUACCCGUGGAGACCCGGCUAAUGCUUACCAUGUUUUACAUGUUGGGAACCUUUGAUUGA